AAUGAUUAUGCAGGGGAGAGGUGAUAAUGACUUCCUAUCAAGAGUUAACGGCCGAAGGGGAGAGUAGCCCUCUGUUCACGGGCUGCUGCCGAGCAAAAGAGGUCAUAAACCGGGACCUGGACGGCAGGACUCAUCCUGAACUCUGCAGUCGUGACGAGGAGGGGAAACUGGAAGUGGAAGUCGCCUCAGGAUUUAAUACUCCGCAUCCCCGGUACUUAACUCUCUCUAACAGUUUGACUCUGUGCACCUCUUUGGACAGCCCUCCUCCUCCUACUCCACCGUGUGAGACUCUCGAGGGCUUCUCGACACCGGCCUGCCCCCACUCGUCCCGUGUCCCCUGGCGGUGCAGGGCGCAGGGGCAGGGCUCCUCUCCAGGACGCGGAUACUGCGCGUCAAAUCCAAACCAAACGCUUCAAUCCGGCUUUGGCUCACAAAUCUACUCUCGUAAUGGCCCCGAGAUUCACGUCGCCAUGGGGAGUUCAGCUGGCUCGGACUGUAACGUGGCUCAAAUGGAUGUAAGCAGUAAAACUUUUGAGUGGAUGAAAGUGAAGAGGAGUCAGCACCGGGCGGCCAGGAUGCACAUGACCUGUGGGUUCAGUAUCGUUGGCUCGGGCCUCGGUGCUGUGAGGGCUGGGAGCAGCAGCAGCAGCAGCAUCUGCACGGAUGGCCAUCCCACGGUGAACGGGGCCCCGAGGACCAGCUUCAGCACUAAGCAGCUGACCGAGCUUGAGAAGGAGUUCCACUUCAACAAGUACCUGACGCGGGCCAGGCGGGUGGAGGUCGCCAGCGCCCUGCAGCUCAGCGAGACGCAGGUGAAAGUUUGGUUUCAGAACAGGCGAAUGAAGCAGAAGAAAUUACAGAGAGACGGGCUGCUGUCCGAGCCGGGCCCCGCGGCAGCGCACUCACACGCGGACACUUUGGACACCUGCCCCUCUCCUGGACCGACCUCUCCAAAACACCUGCCCCUGAACUCCUGAACCGCGGGAGCUGCAUGAUGGCGAGGGCGCCUGCCCGCCUGCCUGCCUGCAGAUGUUUUGAUUCCCGUUUGCAUCGGUUUCAAUCAGGCUUCACCUUUAUUUGCUUACCACGAUGGAUGCUUAUCGCAAGAAGCGCAAUGGCAAGUUUCUUCAUGCAAGAACGGGUCAAAACAAUUUGUCAUCCUCCCCCGGCUGCAGACUGGCGCUCUGAUUUGAAUAUUAAAAUUCAAGUCAGUGCAUCGCGCUCCUAUCUACACAAUGGAAACGAAGAAACAAAAUUAUAUUAAUUGUCCAUAGAAACUGUGGCAGACAAUUUGUUUAUUUAUUUUGUACAAUUUAUCCAGUACUUGAAUAUAUUUAUUCACCAGGACACGUGCCUCCUAAUGUGUUUAAAAUAAUUUGUAUUUAUUUAAAGCUCAUAUUUGAUAAUAUUUAUUGUAUUGACACAGAUAUGUUUAGCACGUUUUACUAAUUAUUCAACCUGCUUUUGAAACAAUCAUGCAGAUUUCUUUUUAUAUUCCUUGUCUGUGACACACUUGAGUAAAACAGUCACCUGCUAUAAACAAAGCCCAUCUUUAACAUGUGAGCAGAUAAUUAUCAGGCUAAUUUAGCAGAGCUUUAAUGCUGCUUUAAUGUCGCUGCUUUAUUUUGUCCGAUUAUAAGCUUCCCAAUAAUCCCUCCUUCCACGGAAAGAUUAAAAUGCCAUAAUUGACUGAUGGAUUUAUUGACCGCUCGUAUUAAGAGUAUUGAUCCGUGGUGAUCCAUCUAUCCGAGGCACAAAUCUGGGAGCAUUUGCAUGCAUCUGUAACUGCAUGUUAAUGGAAUGUAGAAACAUCACGAUCGGGAGUUGUUGCGUCUUUUAUUACCUCUAUAUACAUGCAUCAGAAAAUGAUAAUUUAGCUUGAACACUCAUGCGGGAGAGCAGACAAUAAAACGCUGUCUGUGCUGUUUUGCAGAUCAACCAAUAAAUUGUGUGGCCCCAGCAGCUCGCGAGCUGCUAAAUAUUC